CUUGCAGUGCAUCCAACAGCAGCAGCAGCAUCAGCAUCAGCAUCAUCCAGCUCCAGCUCAGAGGAGGAAACCCAUCUGGCCAUAUUGUGCACCAGUUCUCCGCAAAUCGGCUGCGUCACACCUAAAAAACACACGCACGGACACGCACGCAGCAGCGCUCGAACAAUAAAGGCAGCACAUCAUUAAAACCUACGGACAAAUAAAGGAGACUCGUUUGAGCUGGUUGUGGUGUCUUGUGUUGGGGAAAAAUGGUUAAACUGGGGAAUAAUUUCAGCGAGAAGAAUAACGGGAAGGCGGUUUCUGAAGACGGAUUUGACACCAUUCCUCUGAUAACACCGUUAGAUGCCAGUCAGCUGCAGUUUCCUCCACCAGAUAAGGUGGUAGUGAAAACAAAGGCGGACUAUGAUGGCGAGAGCAAGAAAGGGAAGCUACGGUCUCCUAAAAUUGCAGAGUUCUCCAUCAGCAUCAUUGAAGGCGUAUCUGAGCGACUCAAAGUGACCUUGCUGGUGAUCUGUGCCCUGGCCUUCCUGGUGUGUGUGGUGUUCCUGGUGGUCUACAAGGUCUACCAGUACGAGCAGCCUUGCCCCGACAGCUUCGUUUUCACGCAAGGACGCUGCAUGCCUGCUGGGAUGUACGGCAACUACCCGCCUCAGGGCCCUGGGGGCCGCGGGCGCCUCUUUACCCUCAUCAACCACUACAACAUGGCCAAGCAGACCAUCACUCGCUCAGUAUCACCAUGGAUGACCAUCAUGUCUGAGGAGAAGGUCACCCAGCAGGAGACGGAGACUGCUCAGAAGCUGGCUUAAACAACCCCGGGGGUCAGGAGGUGGCCUCACCUGCUGCAGAAUAAAGAAAAUAAAUAAUAUGGUUGUGCCAUUCAAGCAAACCUCAGAGUCCCAUUGCUUUUUACGGGUGGUGAAAAAAACAACAACUUCUAUUUCCUGAGGUGCUACGCGGCCUUUGAUGUAGUUUGGUCAGCUGACGUGUGCUGUAGCAGGAAAUCUGGGAGAAAUUUGAACUUGUUCUUCGGCGACGUGAGGCUUUGCGUCUGGUGGAUUCGUGGUUUGUUUGAAUAGCAUUAUGUUGUUGUUUAUUUACACUUGAAAAAAGAGUGGCAAACGUGUAGAAAUGGCCACAGAAACAAACACCGACACACACACACACACACACACGCCGUCUUUGUACAUACACAUAUGUAAGAGAACUCACUUUAGUACUCAAGAUUGUGAAAUGACUGUGAACCAUUUUUGUGUCUGCGUCGCUUGUUUUCACGCACAUGCACGCACGACUUUAAUAAUAAUAAUAAUGAUAAUAAUGAUGAUCAAACAGUUUGCUUUGAGCCUUUCAAAUACAUUGAGUACUGAUCGCGCAUGUCAGACUGCUUCAGGUCCAGCAUAUUUGCUACUGAGGUCACAACGUUUUCUGUCCUGAUAUUGUGAAUAAAGAGGGUUGAACUGUAACAUUUUAACCAGCAAAAAAAAAAGAAAGAAAAGAAAGUAUUUUAAUCAUGUUAAGUUGAUGCUAUCUGCGUAUAGUGCUGCUGUUAAAGAGUUUAUAGUAUUUGAGUCUUUAAAACCAGCAUUAAUGAAUGUCUCCAUUCAUUGGAACUCUUUGUGAACACCAUGUGAUUUUCUUUGCUGGCUUCAAUUUAAAAAACAAAAAAAGAACAGUUGCUUUUCAUAGCAGAAAUCCAAUGCUACUCUAUUGAAUGUUUUUGCUAGUGAAGACACUGUAUUGUGCACUGAUUCAUGUCUCCACCUCGCACAUGUUAGACUUAGGUUGAUGUAGUGGAACAAACUGACGGUAGUUGCUUGUCCUGUUGCUUUUUUCUUGUAUUUGUCAUUUGACCGACACCGUCACAGAUUACGUACUGUUUUAUUUUCCGCAGACAGUGUAAUGAUUACCAUUGAAGUGCAUUUGCUACAUAAAAAUGUGACAUGAAAAACUGAAAUAAAGUGCCCACAUUUCACACCAACGUUUAGUUGGAAUUCA